GCAAGCAGUUGUCAAAGAAACACAUCGUACCGCAUCGCACUACAUCGCACCGAAUCGCAUCGCAUCGCAUCGCAUCGCAUCGCCAAAGCAUUCAACGCCAUGGACAUCAAAGUUUUCUGUUACCUGGCCGGUUUAAUCAGCGUCGGCCACGCGGGGAUCAUCGGGAAUGCAGGAGCCACGGUGGCUGCGAUUCCAGCCCAGGCCACGGUGGUCAGGACCGAGAAUUACGACCCGAAUCCGCAGUACAGUUUCAGCUACAGCGUGGCGGACGGUUUAACAGGCGACAACAAGGCCCAGGAGGAGACUCGGAACGGUGACGUGGUCCAGGGCAGCUACAGCCUGAUCGAACCGGACGGCUCUCGACGCGUGGUGUCCUACGCCGCCGAUCCCAUCAACGGUUUCAACGCCAUCGUUCAAAAGGACCCGAGCAUCACGGUGAAGACCGUGCAACCGGUUAUCGCGGCGCGACCGGCGGCAUCGGUGAUCGCGGCCGCACCCGCUAUCCGCCCUCAGUUGCUGGCAGGACCAACGGUGGCCGCCACGAACCUCGUAGCCGCCAACACAGGGUUGCUGGGUCUCGGAGGACUCGGCGUCGGGCUCGGACUGAGACAGGGUUCUCUGAUCGGUACGCAGGCUCUGCUCACGGGUGCUGCCUUGGGUGCCGGUGGCAUCGUUAAAGUCCACUAAACGAGGCGACGCGACGCGAACUUACUCGGCUGGGCUCCCCAUUUCCAUAAUCUGCGCUCUUGGUUCACUUUUCUCCGCUUCUUCCGAUCGCACUCGUAAUCCCAAUCGUUCCGUAUCGAUUCGCAGGCGCGUCUUUAUCUCGCGUUUUUCUCACUCCGACCGCUCCUGUCCUCGUCUCUCUUCCACCUACCUCCCCGACCGAUCCUCCCUGGACAGUUUCGAUUCGCUAAAUUCUCGAUUACGAUUAUCGGGUCGACGUCGGCCGCGCGUCCCAACCUUUCGUUUCUUUCCAUUUCGAAACAGACGCGUUCGCGCGUCUUUUUCGCCGAGCAGCGGGGAGUCCUUAUUACCUUACACCUUGUACACUUUACACGAUGCUGUUAGCGCACAAAACGAAAACGUUCGUCGAACGAGCAGACCUGGAAUUGUUCUAGACCCCAGUACAUGUAUUAAAGUCGUAGGUAACACACAUUCUACUCGCGUAUGUAUUCUGUGACACGUGAUACUCGUAAGAUGCUAUAUUUUCUAUAUCGCGCAAAGACCGGGAGGAAGUUAACGCUAACCGAUGGCGAACGCCGAACGAUGCGACGAGCCGCGAGCACGCCGCACGCGCCGUUCUAGCCAUUGGAACGAUUCUAGGACGUCUCAUCCCUGGCUCGAAACGCAGCGUUCUCGAUGCCGCGUUUCCAACAACUUUCCAACGAGUAGCGUUAACGUGAAAAAGAAAAUAAAAAUCAUUUAUUUAGCAAU